GAUUGGGAGAGAGAAGAGAGAGGGAAUUGGAGACGCAGAGGGACGCCGAGUCAGAAAAGAUUGAACUGACACCCCACAAACGCGCACAAACUCACGACUGUGGCAGCCGAGCCUUUCGCCAUGGAGGAUACGGUGAAAAACACUCUUUAAAAUGUGAGGUUUAAAAAGACGUGCUGCAGAAACGCGCGUGAGCGGCUAUCCCCCCCUCAUCGUCCAAGGGUGAUCUCGACUUGGGUGCUCCGUCCCCUCGCUGUGUCACUCGCACCGGGGGAAAAAUGAAGAAGUUUAAUAUCCGUAAGGUGCUGGACGGCUUGACGGCCGCGUCGUCCCUCUCUCCAUCCCCGCAGCCCGGGGGUGCCAAGGAGAACGAGCUCAUCCCGGAGACGCUCCAGUCUGAACACUUCCAGCUCUGCAAGACUGUGCGCCAGGGCUUCCCCUAUCAGCCCUCUUCUAUGGCAUUCGACCCCAUCCAGAAAAUCCUCGCCAUUGGGACUCAGAGCGGAGCUUUGCGAUUAUUUGGCCGGCCCGGUGUGGAGUGUUACUGCCAGCACGAGAGUGGAUCGGCAGUAAUCCAGCUACAGUUUCUCAUAAACGAGGGGGCACUGGUUAGUGCUUUGGCUGAUGACAGCAUUCACCUAUGGAACCUGCGACAGAAAAGACCAGCUGUACUGCAUUCACUCAAGUUCAACAAGGAGAGGAUAACGUUCUGUCAUCUGCCCUUCCAAAGCAAAUGGUUGUACAUUGGCUCGGAACGAGGAAACAUCCACAUUGUAAAUGUGGAGUCCUUUACCCUCUCAGGAUAUACCAUCAUGUGGAACAAAGCCAUUGAACUGUCCUCCAAGGCCCACCCUGGCCCAGUCGUUCACAUUAGUGACAAUCCAAUGGAUGAGGGCAAGCUCAUAAUAGGAUUUGAGUCUGGAAUCGUAGUGCUGUGGGAUUUGAAAUCAAAGAGAGCUGAAUACCGGUACACUUACGAUGAGGCAAUCCAUUCUGUGGCCUGGCAUCACGAGGGGAAGCAGUUUAUCUGUAGUCACUCAGACGGCACACUGACCAUAUGGAAUAUUAAGUCCCCAGCCAAGCCCGUACAGACAAUCACGCCACACGGAAAGCAGCCUAAAGAUGGAAAAAAGCCAGAGCCUUGCAAACCCAUUCUUAAAGUAGAAUACAAGACCACAAGAGCAGGGGAUCCAUUUAUGAUCUUCUCUGGUGGUUUGUCGUAUGACACCGUUGGUCGACGGCCAUGUUUGACUGUAAUGCACGGGAAGAGCACGGCAGUAUUGGAGAUGGACUAUCCCAUUGUAGACUUCCUCACUUUGUGUGAAAUGCCAUAUCCUAAUGAUUUUCAGGAACCAUACGCUGUAGUGGUUCUUCUCGAAAAGGAUUUAGUUGUUAUUGACCUUGCACAAAAUGGUUACCCAAUCUUUGAAAAUCCAUAUCCCAUGACGAUUCAUGAGUCUCCCGUGACGUGUUGUGAAUACUUAGCCGAUUGUCCUGCGGACCUCAUACCUGCACUUUAUUCUGUCGGGUCUCGCCAGAAACGACAGGGCUACAGCAAAAAGGAAUGGCCUAUCAGUGGUGGAAACUGGGGCCUGGGCACACAAAGCUACCCUGAAAUAAUAAUAACUGGGCAUGCAGAUGGUUCAGUGAAGUUCUGGGAUGCUUCAGCAAUAAUGCUCCAGGUACUGUACAAGCUGAAGACAGCAAAGGUAUUUGAGAAGGUACGAUGUAAGGAGGAGAAACCCAGCACAGAUGUUGUGGACGAGGACCCGUUUGCCAUUCAGCUGAUGUCUUGGUGUCCUGAGAGCCGUAUGCUGUGCGUGGCUGGCGUCUCUGCCCACAUCAUCGUAUACAGGUUCAGCAAACAGGAAAUCACAACAGAGGUGGUGCAGUUACUGGAGGUCAGGUUACAGUAUGAGUUGAAUGAUCUGGAAUCCCCAGAAGGAGGUGGAGAUCAGACACCAGCUCCUCCCACUCCAAUCACCUCCCCCAGUCCACAAACCACCGCCCCUCAAACACAUCCCUCCGUUAGCAGCAACUCGUCAGAUGGGAUGAGAGACAACAUACCCUGUCUAAAGGUGCGCAGCAGUCCUCUGAAGCAGCCUCCAGGGUAUCAGGUGGAGCUAGUGGUACAGCUGGUGUGGGUCAGUGGAGAGCCGCCCCAGCAGAUCAGCAGCCUGGCCAUCAACUCCUGCUAUGGCUUGGUGGUGUUUGGCAAUAGUAACGGUCUAGCAGUAGUGGAUUACUUACAGAAGACUGUUCUGUUAAAUAUGGGAACUGUGGAUUUGUAUGGCUCUAAUGACCCCUACCAGAGACAACUGCGAUCUCCCCGUAAGAGCCGACAACCUUCCGGAGGGCUGUGUGACAUUAACGAGGGCUCAGCCACCUCAGAGGACCGCUGCAAAUCCCCCACCUCAGUCUUGAUCUCAAACCAUCAACAAUUCUACAAUGGAGCAGGGAGAGGAGCAAAGAUGUCACGGAAAUUAAGCUUGCCUACUGAGCUAAAGCCAGACUUGGUCCUACUCUCUGUAUGUCCCCCGCGGGCUGCCGCACCCCUAGAUAACAGGGACAACUGCUUCAGCCGUUCCCGGAGCUCCAGCGUUGCCAGUAUUGACAAGGAAUCACGAGAGGCCAUCACAUCUUUCCAUUUCUGUGAGACAUACAUUCGGAAAGCAGAUGUUGGCCUUACACCUUGUGUAUGGGUUGGCACCUCAUUGGGCACAGUGCUGGCCAUCUCCCUCAGCAUGCCCUCUGCUGGAGAACAGAGGCUUCUACAACCUGUCAUUGUCUCCCCUAGUGGCACUCUUAUCAGGUUGAAGGGUAGCAUCCUACGGAUGGCUUUCCUAGAUUCUACAGGGUCUCUCCUCCCUCCUGCUUACGAGCCAUGGUAUGAACCCAAUGCCCCAGCAAAUGGAGAGGAGCGGGACAAGGUCCGUAAGAGACGGCCAGUGUCGGUCUCCCCAUCCACGUCCCAGGAACUGAAUGAAAACCAGUAUGCCGUGGUGUGCUCUGAGAAACAGGCCAAAGUGAUAAUCCUGCCCUCUCAGACCUGCAUAUUCAAACACAACAUCACCGAAACAUCUUUUGUGCUGCGGGCAGACGUGGUGUUGAUUAAUGCUGGCAUUUGUGUGGCCUGUUUCUGUGCCAAUGGACACAUUAUGACGCUCAGUCUGCCAGGCUUGAGACCAUUGCUGGAUGUAAAUUACCUACCCCUGACAGAUAUGCGUAUAGCGAGAACAUUCGGCUUCACCAACCUUGGCCAGGCCAUGUACCUGACCUCCCCUACUGAGAUCCAGAGGAUCACUUACAGCCAAGAGGUUUGCGAGAGCCUGCAGGAGAUGCUAGGUGAGCUGUUUACUCCAGUGGAGACGCCAGAAGCUCCUAACAGGGGAUUCUUUAAGGGCCUUUUUGGAGGUGGAGCACAGUCUCUAGACAGAGAAGAGCUCUUUGGGGAGUCAGGAGCUGGAAAAGCACCACGCAGUCUCGCUCAGCACGUUCCAGGUCCCGGGGGGAUAGAAGGCAUGAAGGGGGCAGCGUCAGGCAUUGUGGGUGAUUUAGCUCGAGCUCGAAUAGCAUUAGAUGAGAGAGGACAAAAACUGAGUGAGGUAGAAGAGCGAACGGCUGCCAUGAUGGCCAGCGCUGACUCAUUCUCCAAACAUGCUCAUGAGAUGAUGCUAAAGUGUAAGGAUAAGAAAUGGUACCAGUUCUGAUCUCUGGGAAACAGCAGAGCCCAAAGGGACUGAGGAGAUCUCUUACACAGCCUUGUUCAUCUCUAAUUCUUCUCCCACUUCCUCUCUUUAUCCCUCUUCUGCUGGAGCAGUGGAAUCCCUCGCUAUCCUUUCCUAGCACAAUAUUAAAGACAGUCUCCUUACAGAACUGAGGCACAGACUGUGAGAGGCCCCAGUUUAAGGAAUACCAUACCAUGACGGUGUGCACUCUUCGGUUUUUAUUUGAUUAAUAUUACCAGUCCUCUCCUGUGGCGGCUGGGCUUUCCAGGCCCUGAAAUUCCAUUUUUUCUCUCAGUCUUUGAAUUGUUUUUGUGCUGUUGUUUUUUGCGAUCAUGUUCUGCCUCCCACAUUGGAGAGCAGUAAGUAGUCAAAAAAAGACAAACAGACUAAACGAGAAAAACAUACAACAAACACUAUGAAAAAUCGCAAAAUAUAAAAAGUGGAAAAAAGUAUAUAUAUACAGAAUUCUAAAUAAAUCCUCAUUAAAAUCUGUAUAAAUGCCAUAUUCGCUAUUUACUGUCAAAAGUAAAACUUAAAUAUGGAAGACACUGGGUGAAGCAUGGGAAGAGCUCCAUUCACAGGAAAUGAUGUCAUAACAUGGAGGCGGCAAACCUUUCAGAAGAAGAGAGAACAUCUAUACUUGUUUAAAAUUAACUCAAUAGAUUUGUGUAAAUUGACCUUUUUCCAAAUUUUCCCUUUUUGUUUAUUUAUUUGUUAUUUAGAAAAAUAAAUCUGUAAAAUCAUUUGUAAAUGUCUAAAUAUAAAAUGCUUUUUGGGUGAUAUUUUUAAGUAAUUAUUAUGAAUAUCACUACAAUAAUGCUUUACAUUAAAGUACCAUCUACAGAGGGUUUAUAAUUAGUUGUCAGAUGAUCCAUAGAUGAAGUAUCUACUUGAAAAACGAAUUAAUGAAUUCUUUGUGAGUUAACUAUUUAUAAACCAAUCAUGAGUGAUUCAUCGAUGGUAUUUUCAUGUGAUACAUUAUCCAGAUGUUUCAACUUGUAAACUUUCUAUGAAAAUUGGCACAGAAAAUAUCUGGUCUGGACAAAGAUGUAAAAGAAAGUAGACAAAUGUGUGAUUGAAAUCUAAAAGUUAUCCAUCAGUCAUUGGGUAGACAGCCAUAUAGACCUCAAUAGCUAGAACAUUUGUUGCUCCCCUAAGACUGAAAAAUAAGUCACAGUCUCUUUGGUGUUGGCUCUGAUUUAACAGCUUUAACAUAGAACACUUAGUUCAAUAUAGAGAUUGUACUAUGGUAAAAAUAUGUUGGUUGGGUCAUUCAAUGGUCCAUUUCAUAUAUAUAUAUAUAAGCACUUACUUGUUGGAAAUGGCUCUAUCAAACCUGAUUUUCUCAAAAACACUUUGCCUCACAAAUCAGGAAAAAUUGGACCACCUUUAAAGACCUAAUCUUCAGCGACUUUAGACUUGAUUAUAAGUGUGAAGAGCAUAAAGUGUUUUUCUUUUUUUUUGGACUAGGUAACAUUAUUCAUUGUCGUUUUGAAUGUUAGGAUAAUAUCAUAUAACAAGUUUGUCUAAUGUUCCUGGUUUCACACUGGUGCUUAAUGGCUAUUAGUCUCCCAAGCCAUAUUCACAUGUGUAGAUUAACAGAAUUUAUUUCAUCUUUGAAAGCACCUUUGUUCACCUACAUUUAGUGCUAGCUGUUCAUUCACAAACAGAAAAUUAAAAAGAAGUAAAUCUAAACACAAAGGCUACUCAGUAUAUGUUCCAUUUCUUCCUUGAAACCACAUUUUAGUGCCAUUAUAUUUAUUUGUACAAUCUUAUUUGUGGUUUGCAAGAAAUGCUGCUAUAUAUGUUGCAUUGACUCAUAUGACCCAUUGUCAUUCAAGAUGCUAACAUUGAUGUAUUGAGCACUGAUUCUCUCUUGCCUCUCUGCUCAAAAUUUUUGCCAUUCUGUGAAUGAAAUAGUUUGACAAUCUGGGACCAUAAAUUGAGAGUGGGAGUGGCCAUACUGACCCAAAAGACAUUUGCCAUAUCUUUUCAAACACCAAAGAUUUUCUUUCAUUGAGUUAUGUAUUUCACUGACUGUGACAGCUAUUUGUGUCUGAAGUAUCACUGCAUAUUCCACCAGUAAUAGUGUUGAGGUCUUUCCUGAUGUUUUUGGCUGUGCGCUACCAUUACAAGUGAAGUCUGCCUUUUGUGUUUUAUAUGCCGUAUUUCAACAAAGAGAAAUGGGGUGAAAAAGAAUUACAAAACAAAUCAAGCCAAUCUCUCUCAGACUAUAAAUGUUUCUCUGUGUUAGACUCUAUAUUCUCUGUAGAUGUGUUUUCAUGCCAUGGUGUUAUAGUGUUUUUGAAAACCAGGUUUGUUUUUGAACAUUUUGCUCAUAUGUCAUCUCUCCUAAUUAACUAAUUCAAUUAUAUUUGUAAAAUGUGUAUUUUUCUCUGCAGUACUGUAUUUCCCUGAAUAGAUUUCCUUGUCAUAUUUUUAAUCAUCAAUUAUUGAAAAAUUAUUUUUAUAUAUACUUUGAGGAAGUAGUAUUUUGAGGUCAUAAGAAAUUAUUAGAUCUUGCACUCUCUUAUUUGUUUUCUGUCAUGUGGUCUGUUUGUUUAUGCCAUAAUUGACACAACAGGGUGUUUUUUUAAUUAAACUUGAGUGAGUGAGCAUUCCCUUGAUUCUUUUGCAAGACCAGUUAGUAUCAAGACCUGAAUAUGCAUCAAAGGUUUAAACAUAUGAUAAGAGUCAUCAGAAGACCAGUUAAUUAUGAGAGAGGAUGUUUGCCAUAAAUUGUGUAUUCAAUUUACCAGUUUAAUAAUAAAAUGUACACUUCAAAAACCAAAAAUUAUUUUGCAAGGUGUGGCUCAUCUAAAGUGGUUACCCAUGAGGAAAACUUUGAUGUCAUAGGUUGCUUUUUUCAUUGUCAAAAGUAUCCAAUCAGCCGUGUUGAACUGUAAUGCUGUAUAUGUCGGUAAAAUGUUUAGUGUUCAACAACUGAGAAACCACCAAUAGAAUUUAUUGGUUACAAAUUUAGUUUAUUUCAUGUCUGUUCCAUGGAGGUUUUGGAUUCACUGUUGAUGUGAACCUGGUCAUUUGCCCUUCAUAAUCUUUCAUGAGCAAGGAGAAAAAACAUUGUCUGAAUUUCCCUGUUGCUUUUUUGGCUUUUAUUUAAUUUACUCAUUUUGUAAUGUUUCAUGUUGACUUGCAGUGAAUCGUUUAUUUGUCCCAGACAGAACAUUCUUACCUGAAAUAUUACACUUUUAACAUUCAGAAAAUGCUCUUUUAUUUUCUGUUCUGAAUAUAAGAUUACCAGUGGGUUGCAGUAUUUCUCAUUGUAGCCAAUUUCUUGUACAGUUUUAUGCAAAUUUCACAUGUAUGUUUAUGACUAUCUGCUGCCACAAAUGAUUUAGAAUUUCUGUAGAUAGAAAUGACUGU